AUGGCGCUUUUAUUUUGAAGGCUAUAAUCGGAAGUAGUUUUGUUGUUGCUGCAUGGUGGAACAGGCGUGACAGCAGAGGAACCGCUUGCUGUUUGUGGCUGCAGACAGGUGUGAAGAUGUGCACUCAGACGAAGGCUGCUGCUCUCAUGGCAAACAUACCGCAGGCAGACAUCGACCCGUCCGGUGUGUUUAAAUACGUCCUGAUCCGAGUUCACAGCAAAGAGGAGGGAGACGACUCGGAGGUAGACAUAGUCCGAGGAUACGGCUGGGCGGAGUACCACGCUGAUAUCUAUGAGAAGGUCUCAGAGGAGCUUGAAAAGGACGGACACCUGGACUGUGAGUGUAUCGGAGGAGGGAGGAUUAAACAUGAUGCUCAGGCCAAGAAGAUCCACAUCUACGGAUACUCAAUGGGAUUUGGAAGAGCGAACCACGCAGUAUCUACUGAAAAACUGAAGGCUCGGUAUCCAGACUAUGAGGUGACCUGGGAUAAUGAAGGAUACUGAACUGAGACCAGCCUUUGUUUGACACCCUUCCUGGACUGACUUAGUACUUAGUCCAUAAGGAACGUUUUGAUACCACAUUUAUAAUCCAAGACAAAGAUUGACAAGUCUAAAUAGAACCAAAGCCUUUUUUGAUUUUCUUAUGUUACAAAUGAAGUAAAGUAAAGCAAACAAUGUUGUUUUUCACAUUUAAAUUUUAUUUGCUGUAGGUCUAAAACAAAUGCAUGAUAGUCUAAUUUGGAAUUACAAUUGUGUAAAAUCUCCCCAUUAAACUUGUUUCUUAAUAAAAUAAAUAACUGGUUAUGACAGUUUUGUAGUGUGACAUACAGUCACGCAUUGACUUGUUUUAGAGUCACAUAGCCUCAUAAAGUUCACCUUAUCACUAAGAUAAGUUGGAAAGUGAACCUUAAAUGCUUUGUUGCAAUGUAUGUUUCAUAAAGGUUUCCUGAAAUCUG